CCCCGUAAUUGAACGUUCAUGUCAUAAACAAUUUACUGCAACUUGGGCGAGCUGUGUGUUCGCUUUCCUAUUUCGAGUUAAAUCGGAGAACGAUCGGUAUAUUAUCGGUAGCAAAUUCAACCAAUCACGGUAAUCGGAUUAAAAUCGAAAAAUCUUGAUCUUGAUAGCCCGACGACAAUCGAACAAUAAAGUCUCAUCUUUUGAUCUCAGCAUCAUUGAGGCCAUCAUUUCCUGUCACUUUCAGUACCGAUUUUCUGUAGUAUAUUUUAUAAAUGAUGGAUACAGCCCAAUACGUUGACGAACUUGAAACGGAAAAGGGAAGUUUAGAUCCUGAUUAUCAUCCUCACGCCAUUCGUCUUUUAUCUGAAGAAAUCAAAAGAAUAGAGUCUCUCACGGAUGGUGAUAAAACAUUGAAAGAAGAAAUGGAUAGCUUUAACAACAAUACGGCUGAUACGAAGUCAGAAGUACGAGAACGCAAGCCGAACUACAUGCGGCAGUAUCAACCAGAAAUUGAACCUAGUACUAAACUAUUUGAGAAAGUUAUGAUUCCUAUAAAGAAAUAUCCCAAGUUUAAUUUUGUUGGUCGACUACUGGGACCAAAAGGACUCACUUUCAAGCGCCUUCAAAGCAUGACCGGUUGUAAAAUGUCAAUUCUUGGCCAAGGUUCCAUGAGAGAUAAAGAAAAGGAACAAGAACUUCUCGAUUCAAAUGAUCCUAAGUAUGACCACCUGAAGGAAGAACUACAUGUUCUUAUAGAAGUGGAUGCCCCAAAAGCUGAAGCUCAUGGCCGUCUUGCUGCUGGCAUUGCAGAAGUACAAAAGUUUCUUGUACCAGAUCCAAAUGAUCCCAUUCGUCAGGAACAAAUGAGGGAGCUCGCUUAUUUGAAUGGGAUUGAACAAGGUUCCACUACAGUUGCAGCACCUCACGUCACCACCGUCAUUGCCAAUCCAAUUAUAAGAGGAAGAGGCAGGAGCCGUGGUGUUACUGUUCGAGGGGCACAUGUUGUAAGACCACGAACCAUUCCUAGGGCUGCAGUUGUUACAACACAACGACAUGCAACCACUGCCCCAGAAACAUACACAUAUGAAACACAUGAAGCUGGUUAUGAAUUCGAGCAAGCUUAUCCAGAAGGGGAAGUUGUUUAUUAUACCGCAGCAGAGUCUACUUUUACACCUGGUACUGGCGCAAUUCGAUUAAAAGCACCUGUACGCUCAAUAAAAAGAGAUGCAAGAGAAGCAACCUAUCCAUACUAAGAUGUGUGAGACUGGAGUAUUAAAGCGUUUGUUUUGCCAUGGUAAGCUGAAUCUUCAUGGAUGAAACUUGAAAUAAACUUAAAGUGUAGUUUUUGUAUGAGUAUUUUUAUACCAAAUCUCUAAUGUAAAGAGGCGUUCAUUUACGCUGUUUUCAUGUGUUAAUGUACGAAUCAUAAUUUUGUGUAAACUUUUUUAUAAAUUUUGUAAACUUUGGUUAAUGGAAUUUUUUUAAAAAAAGGAACAUAAAGAUCAAAAGAAAUUUUCUUUGUAAUUAGUUGUAUCCUACUGUGGUUUAACUCUUUAACUCAUUGCCUCUUAACUGCUUUACUUAUAACAAGUAUUCCAUAGUGUGUAAAAUCAUUUAAGCUUAUUUCACCAUAGAAUGUUAAAUAGUGAAUAUAAAAGUCGUAUAUGGAGUGGUAACUACUACUUUUCACAUUGGUAAGUCGUAAAUCAAUAACAUUCUGAAAUGUUUAUUAAAAAAUAAUCAUCGUCGAUCAGUGGUGGAUUCAGCGUACUUCACGAGUCGAAAAGUUAAAUUCACGAUACCUAAACAUGAAAUUCCAUUGGACAUAAAUGUCUAAAGAAUAUUAAAGCUAAAAUCUUACCAAUUAUAUUGUCUCUGAGGUAUUUUGAAUUUUAAAUAUGUCAUUUUUGACCGACGCUAGGUCUGCUGCUAUCGCCAAUUAUUUGAAAUGUAAUUGAAAAAGCUGAAAACAACACGUAAUUUCAAAAAUCGGCAGGUACAACACAAGCCAUAUUUUGUAUUUAACUAAUUGCAACAUCGGUUGCUUAGCAACGCUACUAUAAAAACUUGGUGGUCCUCCAUUGUUUGGUUGCAAUAAAGUGACAUGCUUUAUAAAAUAUUAUUUCAUGAAGAAAUGUUGCAAAUUUCGUAACAAAUGAAAAUUCCAAAAGGUUUACCGGACGAUGUAGUUUUACGAACUUGGAUGGCACACGGCAAGGGAAAUGAUUCGAUCAAUUCCGAUACGAAUUCCGCCGGUAAUUUCGUUUCACCCAUUCUAAAAGGCAAUAAUACUGCUGGUGAAGUGCAUCCUCGUAUCGUUACACUAAGCUUAAGACCAUUUAGGACGACCAACGUUUCAGUUAAUUCUUUCUCGCACCGCAUUCUGCCAGGAGGAAUAGUGCAAAGCAGAAACUGGUGCUUAAACCACUGUCUUUAGAACAAAAGAAUUGUUCCUCCAACAUUGAUAUGAGUCUGAGUAACAAUGCUUCAGAUUUGCACAAUCUUUCUUCUCGUGGUUGUGAAAAAGCUUUUCAUGGGAAAAGUCUCAUAGAUACAUGGACCGCUUCAACCAGAGGCGAAAAGCAUAAAGUUAGAAGGCAAUCGGCUGCAAGUUCACAUUUGAUACCAAUAAAUGUUCCUGCAUAUGAUUUCAAUUCUCGAUAUCCAAAGACAAGCACCUUACCGGAUAACUUAUACACAAUACAAAACAUUUCUCUUCAAUCUCCUCCAAGAACAAAUCACAAAUCUGGUCAAAAGACAACUUUAGGCAACACUUGUAAUAGUGGUUUCUUUAAUGUGUUUAAUGGACAAUCGGGGCUUGUGGCCACUGGAAUUCGUGCAUCUAAUAUUGAAACAAAACAACUUACAAAACCCAAAUUGGAGAUAGUCAAGAGUAAUUGCUAUGAAAAAGGUCACAAAUAUCAAGAUCCAAUACUAGCCUGUAAUCCUGGAUUUCAGGCAAGAAUUUCAGAGAUUAUUCAAAAUGAGCUUGAUACAAUUAAAUGGGAAAAAGGGAAGAAAGGGAAGAAAAAAAGUGCAUUAUGAAUAUGUCAUUCGCGAAAAUAUUUAGUACAUAAUUUACCACAUUUCCUUAUGGAAAAAGUUUCCUCGCUGUAUAAAAUAAAAUCAUCCAUUUUCUACAGUCA